AUGCGAGCUGUUUACGCGAUCCUCGCGGCCGCGCUCUCGGCGCAGGCCUACCUCGCCGUCGAGAUCCCUCCCGUCGACCGCAACCUCCUCCAGAGCUACAAGGUGCCCACGCCCAACGGCCAGGAGUUGGAGGCGCUCAAGGGCUCCAAGGACGCCGUCUUUGUCAAGUUCUACGCGCCGUGGUGUGGCCACUGCAAGACGCUGGCGCCGGCCUGGAAGGAGCUCAGCGCCGGCUUCUCCGUGCUCGAGAACGUGGUCGUCGCUGAAGUCGACUGCGACACCCACACGGACGUCUGCCAGCGCCACGACAUCAAGGGCUACCCGACGCUCAAGCUCUUCCGCGGCCCGUCCGCCGUCGAGGAGUACAACGACCAGCGCAACCUCGCCAAGCUCACGAGCUUCUUGACGUCGCGCAUCGAGGCGCCGGUUCACGCGGACGCGUCGCUGGUCGCGCCGACGCCCAUCUUGAUGCCCGUGCUCGUCGUGCUCUCGACGUUCACGCUCGGUCUCCUCUCGGCGCUCUACCUCCUCUGCCUCCGCCCGACCGAGAAGGUCAACCGCCCGCAGUUUUUCUGCAAGCCCGACAACGCGACCAUCAAGCCCGGCCACGGCGCCGUCUACCGCGUCGGCCCGUUCCCCAAGCCGGCUUGCGACUCGAUGCUCGAAGCGCUCCAAAAGUCGGUGCAGCACAACCCGAAGAGCAACUUUCUUGGCCACCGAUUGGUCGACGCCAAUGGCAAGGUCGGCGCGUACGUCUGGGAGAGCUACGAGGCCGGGUACCUCCGCAUCCAGAACAUCGCCGCCGGCCUCAUGCACGAGAAGAUGCUCGAGCGCACGUCCAACGGCGACCGCAUGCUGUGCAUCUACAUGAAGAACCGCCCGGAGUGGGUCCUCGCGCAGUACGCAGCGUUUUACUGCGGCGGCGCCAUGAGCUGCCUCUACGACUCGCUCGGCCCGUCCUCGACCACUUACAUUCUCCACCAGACGGAAGCGCCCACGGUGGUCUGCACGACGGGCGAGCUCCCGAGCGUGCUCACGGCCAAAGCCACGAUUGCGACCCUCAAGGUUGUCAUUCUCUGCGACGUUGACGUGGCGUCCGAGGCACAUGUCGCGGCCGGCGCGGCGCUCGGGCUCACGGUCACGACGCUCUCGGCCAUCGAGGCCAUCGGCGCGGCCCACCCGAUCGCGCCGACGUACGCCAAGGCGACGGACCUCUGCUUCCUCAUGUACACGAGCGGCACGACGGGCGACCCGAAGGGCGUCAAGCUCACGAGCCAGAACAUUCUGAGCUGCAUGAUGGGCAUCGAAGACCGUCUUCGGAAGGGCAAGCUCCUCCAAGUCUUUACGCCCAAGUCGGUGCACCUCUCGUACCUCCCGCUGCCGCACAUCCUCGAGCAGCUCAUCCACGCUGUCAUGAUCCACCACGGCGCGUCAAUUGGCUUCUUCCAGGGCAACACGCUCAAGCUCAUGGAAGACCUGACCGAGCUCCGCCCGACGCUCUUUGUCACUGUCCCCCGUCUCCUCAACAAGAUUUACGACAAGAUUGUGGGCGGCGCCAACGCCGGCGGCGGCUUCAAGGCCUGGCUCUUCAACUAUGCGCUCUCGACCAAGCUCGCCAACCUCGAGAAGGGCUACACAGCCCACCCGCUCUUCGACAAGCUCAUCUUCUCCAAGGUGCAGAAGAAGCUCGGCUUGGACCGCUGCAUGGCGAUUGUCACGGGCUCGGCGCCGGUCGCCGACGACGUCUUGGGCUUCUUCCGCUGCCUCUUUUCGUGCCCGGUCCUCGAAGGCUACGGGCAGAGCGAGUGCACGGGCGCCGUCAACAUCACCGACAUCAACGACCUCACGCCCGGCACGGUCGGCGCGCCCAUGUCGUGCUGCGAACAAAAGCUGGUCUCGGUGCCCGAGAUGGGCUACAACGUCACCGACACGGUCCACGGUGACAGCGACGAGACGCGCAUGCCUGUCAACGGCCGCGGCGAGGUGUGCUACCGCGGUCCGUCCAUCUUUGCGGGCUACUUCAAGGACGAUGCCAAGACGCAGGAGGCGGUCGACGACGAGGGCUGGCUCCACUCGGGCGACAUUGGCGUCUGGACGCUCGAUGGCCGCCUCAAGAUUGUCGACCGCAAGAAGAACAUCUUCAAGCUCUCGCAGGGCGAGUACGUGGCCCCCGAGAAGAUUGAGAACAUCAUCAAGAGCAGCGUGUACGUCGCCCAGCCGUUUGUGUAUGGCGACUCGCUCCACGCCGUCCUUGUGGGUAUCAUUGUGCCCGAAGAAGCCGAGAUCGAAGCGCUCGCCAAGUCGCUCAACAUCUCGGGGACGUUCCAAGAGCUGUGCGCCAACCCCAAGAUCAACGAGAUCGUGCUCAAGGACAUUGUGACGGUCGGCAAGAAGGGUCUUCUCAACGGCUUUGAAACGACCUCAUGA